AAAUGGAUGAAAAUGAAGCUACGAACCCUUCAAUACCAUUAAUAGAUGAAGAAAGUUUUGAAGAGGAACAGUUAAAUCGUACUAGAAACAGCUUCAAGCAAGUAAUUCAAGGAGAAGAUAAAGAUCGAUUUGUUAUCUAUGAAGAACACCCUUACCAAACAGCAAGCUUGCUCUCAAAAGUUCUCUUUAAUUGGACAUCAACAGCUAUUAAGUUCGGACAGAAGAACAGAUUUGGCCCACAUACUCUUGGAAAUCCUUAUGAAGAAGUCAGAGCCGAGGCACAGAAAAACAAAUUGCUGCUAGCCUGGAACCAUUACAAGGGCCUUACAAAGCAUGCUAUCAUGAAGGCUAUUUGGCAUUGAUACAGAGUAGAUUUCACACUUGUGAUUUUUCUCCAAUUCAUUUGUGCAAUCUUACAGAUUUCUCAGCCAAUUUUGGUUAUGGAGAUUCUCAUCUUCAUUGAAGCUCCUAUUGGCAAAGACGGUACUGUUGGUGUGGGAAUUACUCUUGUUGUACUCUACUUUCUGGUUGACCUCAGCCAGCUCUUAAUCACAAUGCAAGUUAAUUUUCUCCAAUCAAUUCUUGGGAUUAAAUGUAGUAACGGAGUAACUAGUAUUAUCUAUGACAAAAUACUCAAGAUAUCAUCUGCAACGAACAAGAAGUAUUCUGAAGGAGAAAUCAUCAAUUUCAUAGAGGUUGAUGUCAGCAAGAUCGAACAGAUAGCAUGGCAACUUCCCAUGGUCUCUAAGUACCCUAUUCAACUCCUCUUCAGUGUUGGCUUCUUGUUUUAUUUCUUUGGAGUUGCUUUCUUUGUGGCUAUUGGAAUUGGAGUGUUGGCAUCUCUGGCUAACUUUAUCAUCGCAAAAUUACGUGCUACUCUCCAAGCAAGGUUAAUGAAAAUAAAGGAUAAGAGAAUGAGAGGGACCACUGAAACCGUCAAUAGCAUUAAAGUUAUCAAACUCUACUCCUGGCAGGACAUAUUCAUUGAUAAAAUAUUUGGAAUAAGAGACCAGGAGAUCAAACUUCUUAAGUUGGAAGCAAUAUUAGAUGCUAUAGAUUGCUUUAUUGUUUGGAUGACUGGACCAAUGCUGAUACUAUCUACUUUUCUGACAUUCUUCUUAAUGGGAAACAAGAUCUCUUUGGCAAGUUCUUUUGCUGCCAUACAAGUAUUUGUUCAUUUAGACCUUCCUGUUAAAUGGCUGCCAGAAGCAGUUAGAUCUUUUCUGGAAUUUAUCAUAUCAAUGAAUAGAAUCCAGAACUUUCUUUAUUGCCAUGAAGUAAACGAAGAUAUUUUGAAAUUAAAUGAUGCUCAGCUACAAAGUGAUGGAAAGGAUAUACAAAUUACAAAUUCAAAUUUCAUGAAACUGCCUUCUAUUACGCAUCGAAAUCUGAAAGGAGGAAGGGGAGUAAGUAAAUAUUUUAAUAGAUUUUCUGGCGAAGGAGAGACUAAGACACUUUCUGAAUGUAUCUUUCUGAAGAACCUUGACUUGGAGAUAUUCAAAGGAGAAUUUAUUUGCAUCAUUGGAGAAGUAGGUUCUGGAAAAUCAUCACUUCUCGAUGCUAUUGUUGGAGAUAUGAUAUAUGUGGAUAACGCAACUUUACAUGAAUUUGGAAAUAGGGUUUUAAAUGAAAAAAAUUCUGAGGUAGUGUGCGAGAGAAGUAAACAGCAUAAGCAUAUUGUCAAGCUUGGUGGUCAUAUCAGUCUGGUGCAGCAGACUCCUUGGAUUCAGAACAUGACUAUCAGAGAUAACAUUCUCUUUGGACUUCCUCUUGACGAGGAAAGAUAUAACAGAACUAUACAGAUAUGUCAGCUUGUAAGCGAUUUAGAUGUUCUAAGUGGAGGAGAUCUCACUGAAAUUGGAGAAAAAGGUAUCAAUCUUAGUGGAGGACAGAAAGCCAGGAUAAGUCUAGCCAGAGCAGUCUACACCAAUAGUGACAUAAUUCUUAUGGAUGAUCCUAUUUCAGCCUUGGACUCACAUGUUAGACACAAAGUGUUUGAAGAAGUCUUCUGUGGAGAACUACAAAACAAAACCAGAGUUUUGGUCACACAUGCAGUCGAUUUCAUUAAGAAGGCAGACAGAGUGGCUAUCAUGGAGAAGGGAAAAAUCAAGUACAUUGGCACUUAUGAAGAAGUAAAACAUUCAGAAGAGAUACAACACAUUAUUCAAUCUAUUUCUGAAACUGCAGUAAGUAGUGCAGACAAGGAAGAAAGUAAAGAAGAUGAUGAUGAUAAAGGUUUGAUUGAAGAAGAUUCAGAAAUCAAUAGGAAAACUUUCCUGAGUAAGCAAGGAACAAACAUCACGGAAGAUGAGAAUGAAGAAAUCUUAGAAGUCCCUUGGAGCCUUUAUAUAAGAUUUUUUACUUGGGACAAAAACUGGAUAAUUUAUGCCAUAGUACUCCCUUUAUUUCUUGCUUAUGCUUAUUGUGCAACUUUUGUUCCAUUCUUCUAUGGUAAAUGGAUAGAAAGAUACAAUGAAGAUUCUGAAAUAUCUUGGGGAUUAUUUACUCUAGCUCUAAUGCAUCCUAUUGGCUACGCAGUGAUAAUUGGAAUCAUAGUAAUUUUAAUAAUGUUCUCUUCGUUGAAAAGGUCAAAGAAGCUUCAUAACGAGAUGUUUGAGAGCGUUAUAAAGGCACCUAUAAAUCUAUAUUUUGACAAGACCCAAUCAGGGAAAAUAUUGAACAGAUUCUCAAAUGAUAUAAACAUAGUAGAUUCUGAGCUGCCAAGGAAAGUCAUAUGGACAAUAGAGUGCUACAUCUCAGCUAUAUUCUCAAUGUUUGUUUCUGUAAUCAACACAUUAUGGGCUCUUAUUCUUAUACCUAUUGUAGUCACAUGAUGAGUAUUUAUCACCAGACAUUUCAUUAGGGCAUAUAGAGAGCUAACUAGGCUACAAAAUGUCCUUGGAAGUCCUUUAAUAAGUCAUUUUAGUGAGACUCUUAAUGGAGCUUCAACAAUUAGAGCUUUUAAGAAAAAAGACGAUUUCAUUCAAAGAAAUAUGGAAAUUUUAGACAAAAAAAUGGGAAUCUGAUUCUGGAGAGAAGGAGUCAUGGGAUGGUUUCAAGUCAGGAUCAUGAUUGUAUGAUCUUCAAUAUUUUUGUUCACUGGACUAUUUUCUGUAAUUUUUAAGUCAGAUGCCAACUCAUUAUUGCUAGGAAUGUUGUUUAUGAAUUGAGUAUGGAUGUCAUUUCAAGCGUGCUGGGCAAGCAUUUCAUUAGCUGAGCUUGAAAGUAAUAUGGUGUCAUAUGAAAGGACUCUAAAAAUGCUAUAUUUACCUCAAGAAGAUUCUAAGCCUUACGAAGCCCUAUUUGAUACUUGGCCUCAACAUGGCAAAAUCCAGUUCAAAAACUUCCAUCUCAGAUACAGACCCGACACCGAACUCGUCCUCACCGAUCUCAACUUCACCAUUCCAGCCAAACACAAAGUCGGAGUUGUUGGCAGGACUGGAGCUGGCAAGUCAACGAUCUGCCUUGCUCUUUGCAGAAUUGUUGAAGCAGAUUCUGGCUGCAUUGAAAUUGAUGGAAGAGACAUCUCAGAGUUGAGUUUGCAAAAUCUCAGAAAUGAAAUCGCUAUUAUCCCACAAGACCCUACACUUUUCGAAGGCACCCUUAGAUACAAUCUUGAUCCCCAAGAUACUCGUUCAGGCACUGAAUUGCUUGAAGUGUUGAAACUGGCAUCUCUAGAUGACUUAGUAGCCAGAGAUGACAAGGGUCUUGACCAACAGAUCGAAGAUAAAGGUGUCAACCUUAGUUCUGGUGAGCGUCAGCUCAUUUGUAUUUGCAGAGCCAUCUUGCGCAAAAGCAAGAUUGUGCUCAUGGACGAAGCCACAGCUAACAUUGACAUCAAAACCGAGCAAGCUAUACAGAAACUGAUCCAUGAUAAAUUCAAAGAUGCCACUGUGAUAACCAUAGCUCACAGACUCAACACCAUCAUCCAGAGCGACAAAGUGUUAGUACUCGACAAAGGCCAAGUAGCCGAAUACGACAAUCCACAAACCCUCUUAGAAGACUCAUCAUCAAUGUUUUACAGUCUCGCCAAAAGACUAGACUCAAAAGCAAAUGAAUCAAAGAAUCUCUAAUAAAU